AUGGCCGAGUCACCGGCAGAACUAACCACCGAAAACCCGAAUCCCACUCAGGACCAGCAACAGCCAACAGCAACACCAGAAGAACUCGUCGCCAAAUCCGUAGCUCCAGUGAAACCACAAUUCCUCCGUCCUCCACCUUCUCGAACCUCCCAAAACGACACCACAUCAUACGCCGUUUCCGAUUGUAAUAGUAAUAACUCAAAAUCCAAUAACACUAACACUAUCAGUUUAGUGGCCAAGGAGAAGAAGUCCAAACGACAACUCAAACGUGAACGCCAACAGGAAAAGAAGUCUGCAGUGAGUCUCUGCCCGGAAUUAGCAAAAACCGGAGAUGUUAAUUCAUGUCCGUAUAAAACUAACUGCCGGUUCAAUCAUGACUUAGAAGGAUUCAAGGCUCAGAAACCAGAGGAUUUAGAGGGAGAGUGCCCGUUUACGAAUGGGGAAGGGUUGCGUUGUCCUUAUGGAUUGGCAUGUAGAUUUUAUGGAACUCAUAAGGAUAACGAUGUUGUUGGAAAUGGUAAAAAGCGAAAUUCGGAGAUUAAUGGGUUGAAUAAGGAUGUCCAAAAGCUUUUAUGGAAGAAUAAAAUGAAGUUUCCAAAGGCGGAUUCGGUACUCAAGUCUCUUGGGCUUAUGGGACCAGGGAAAUCGAAAGUGAAAAAGGUGGAUGAGGAGGAAGUUGAGAAAGUCGAUGAUGAUAAUGUCUCUCAUGGUACUAAUGAGAAUGGUUGUGGCGAUGGGGGCAAUGAGUCGGCUGGUAAAUUGGAUUGUGCUGUGGGAGUGCUGGCUGAAGAUGAUGUGGAUGGAGUAUUAAAAACUGAUGAAGUUAGGCCCCUGAAGAAAGCGAAAUCAGCUGUUGAAGAAAAUGGUUGCAUUGUUGAAGAAGUCAAUGGAUUGAGUAUCCCAGAGAAAAAUAUCGAGAAUGGUUGUCCUAUAGAAACUGAGCCAGAAGCCAUAGCUGAGAAUGUAGAAACAGAUGGAAGUUUAAAAUCACACCCCCGUGAAAAAAUGCUUAUCGACUUCAGAGGAAAGUUGUAUCUUGCUCCUUUGACUACUGUUGGAAAUCUUCCUUUCCGAAGGGUCUGUAAAGCGUUAGGAGCUGAUGUAACUUGUGGUGAAAUGGCAAUGUGCACGAAUCUGUUGCAGGGUCAAGCUUCAGAAUGGGCACUGAUGAGACGUCAUUCAUCUGAGGAUUUAUUUGGUGUUCAAAUAUGCGGGUCUUAUCCAGAUACAGUUACACGUACGGCGGAGCUUAUAGAUCAAGAAUGUACUGUGGACUUCAUUGAUAUAAAUAUGGGUUGCCCAAUUGAUAUUGUUGUCAACAAGGGUGCUGGGUCGUCUCUUCUUACAAAACCAAUGCGGAUGAAAAGCAUUAUAGAAGCUGCUUCUGGUACAGUGGAAAAGCCUAUAACAGUCAAGGUGAGAACGGCUUAUUUUGAAGGAAAAAACCGCAUUGACUCAUUAAUUGCAGAUAUUGGAAACUGGGGAGCCAGUGCUAUAACAAUUCAUGGCCGAUCACGUCAACAACGUUAUAGCAAGCUUGCUGAUUGGGACUACAUAUUCCAAUGUGUUAAAAAGGCCCCAGAUACUUUGCAAGUUCUAGGAAAUGGGGAUGUCUUUUCAUAUGUUGAUUGGAACAAGCACAAGUCUGACUGCCCUGAGCUUUCUUCAUGCAUGAUAGCUAGAGGUGCACUAAUUAAGCCUUGGAUUUUUACUGAAAUCAAGGAACAGAGGCACUGGGACAUAAGUUCAGGAGAGCGAUUGAACAUUCUAAAGGAUUAUGUGCGUUGUGGCCUUGAACAUUGGGGCUCUGACACAAAAGGAGUGGAGACGACUAGGCAUUUCUUGUUAGAAUGGCUCAGCUAUACAUGCAGAUACGUACCUGUAGGUCUUUUAGAUGUCAUCCCACAGCGGCUCAACUGGCGUCCACCCUCAUACUAUGGUCGUGAUGACCUUGAAACACUCAUGGCUUCUGAUUCUGCUGCAGACUGGAUUCGCAUCUCUGAGAUGUUGCUUGGCCGAGUUCCGGAUGGCUUUACAUUUUCACCAAAGCAUAAAUCAAACGCUUACGACCGAGCAGAGAAUGGCUAA